AGAGCCCCCUCUCGCUCGCAUCGGCCACCCUCCAGACCUUUGUCCAUCUCGUACCCACAGCCAGCUGAGCUGCCUCUACCGGAUCUUGCCUCUGUUCUCAACCACACAGCUCAAGCAUGCAUCCAUCCGACGUCACCUACAAGCUUGUCAUCUCCCAGCAGCCCAUUCGUGCCCGGAUGUGCGGCUUCUCCGAUACCAAAGAUCGGCGGCUCAUAGACCCGCCUCCUGUGAUCCAGUUGCUGGUUGUCGAUCGAGAAGGCAACACAAUCGAUGUCAGCCCCGAGCACUAUCCGCUUCUGGUCUGCUACGUGUCGUUGUAUUCGGCUCAAGGCAGCGAAGACCGAAGCGUCGUCAUCCAUCCUCGCGCCAAGACAAAGGGUCUGCAAGCGUCCCACGACCUCUAUCCCUUUUCGUCAUCGUCGCAGUUCUGCCAGACGCUGGUGGGGACCCUGGUGACAUCUUGCGCGGUGCUCUACGACCACAGCGGCAAGGAGGGCAUGUUUUUCGUUUUCAACGACAUCUCAGUACGAACACAAGGCACGUACCGUCUCAAGUUCAAUCUGAUCAAUGUGACGCGGCGCGAUUCGACCACAGGAUUCGAGGCCAGCAUCGUCUCGGAUGUGUUUGAGAGCUUCCCGCCCAAGACUUUUCCGGGAAUGACAGACUCGACCGAGUUGUCCCGCUGCUUUGCCCGCCAAGGCGUCGCCAUCCAUAUUCGCAAGGACGCCGCCCUCGGGGGACACUCGUCGGAAGAGUCGUCGGAGCGCACAUCACCUCCCGAGCGAAGUGUUCCCAAGCGAUACCAUCCAUAUGCCAUCCAGCCCAAGUUGUUGGCGCAGCCAUCGUCGCAGCCACCGCAGCAGCAGCAAUCGUACCGAGAUUUCCACAACAGUACCGCCUCGAUGCACUCGUUGUCGCCGGCCGGCCUGCUGCUGCCGACACCAGGAACCACCCCGGGAUUUCGAGCAAGCCCGGUUCCGUCGUCGUCGUUCCCAGGCGAGCUGCCCUCGCGUGGGACAUCACCACCACCGCCAUCCAGGCCGCCAUACAGUCAGUCUUUCCCGCCGGGCCCUUCUCCUCUUCCGCCGGGCUCCUUCCGCCAUCUUCCGCCGCCACCGCCACGUCCUCUGUAUGCCUCUGAGGGCCAGAGGUCGUUCUCGGGCUCACGUUCGUUGCAGUCAAACUCGCCGUCGUCGCCACGCUCCCCUGACCAGGGGCAGCAGCGCUCCCUGACGUCGGCAUAUUCGUCGCCAAAUCAAAGGUCCAAUAGAUAAUAGGCGAAACGAUAGCAGCGACGACGACUCGACAUAAUCUCCCGAUACUAUGCACAUCGCCGAUGGGCUCCGGCUCCGGCUCCGGCUCGCUCUCGUUCUCUUUCCAUCGAUCCCCCAUCGACCUGGGAAGUCGUUCAUGUUCCUCUCUGCAUCAAACUCCCUCCCCUCCCUUGCCUGCUCGUCGCCGGCUCUCCUGUCCUGCAGUGGACAGG